AUGGCCACCUUGAACCACACUUGGGUUAGCCACAAAGUCUUUUACUUGCUGGGCAUCCCUGGCCUAGAGGACCAGCACAUGUGGAUUUCCAUCCCCUUCUUCAUUUCUUAUGUCAUCGCCCUGUUUGGGAACAGCUUACUUAUCUUCAUCAUCCUGACCAGGCACAGCCUCCAUGGACCUAUGUACCUUUUCCUCUGUAUGCUGUCUGGAACAGAUAUUGUCCUUGCUACCUGUACAGUACCUCAGACAUUGUCCAUCUUUUGGUUUGGUGCUGGGGAGAUAUCCCUGGGUCGCUGCAUCACUCAACUCUUCUUCAUCCAUUCCACCUUCAUUUCUGAGUCAGGGAUCUUGCUAGUGAUGGCAUUUGAUCGCUACAUUGCCAUAUGCUACCCACUGAGAUACACGACUAUACUAACAAACAGCCUGAUUGGGAAAAUUGGUGUUACUAUCUUUCUAAGAAGUUAUGGCACAAUUUUCCCUGUAAUAUUUCUUUUGAAGAGACUGACUUUUUGCAGAAAUAACAUUCUUCCACACACUGGUUGUGAGCACAUUGGCUUGGCAAGAUAUUCCUGCGAUGACAUCCAUGUGAACAUCUGGUAUGGUUUUUUCGUCCUAAUGUCAACAGUGGUCUUAGAUAUUAUGUUAAUUUUUAUUUCAUAUAUGCUUAUUCUUCGUGCUGUCUUCCACAUCCCUUCCAAAGAUGCUCUCCACAAAGCUCUCAACACAUGUGGCUCCCAUGUCUGUGUCAUCAUCCUCUUUUACGGGCCAGGUAUCUUCUCCGUCCUCACUGAAAGGUUUGGAAGCCACAACUUACCCCAUAUUCAUGUCCUGCUAGCCAAUGUCUGUUUUCUGGCUCCACCAAUGCUAAAUCCCAUCAUAUAUGGAAUCAAGACCAAACAGAUUCGAGACCAGGUGACUCAUAUGUUGUUUUCAAAAGUUUUAUAA